AUUCAGACACUCACUUUCGCACCGGUCGAUGAUAAAAAGGUUGCCAAAAUACCACUCUGUUUCCACACCGGUCGUUGUCAUUCACGUUGCAUCGCAUUGUACUAAAACAACUUUGACAACUAAUCUGUUUUCUAGAUUCGCGGUAAAAAUAAAAUAAGUGUCGUAUAUUUUUUGCAAUGAAUAAUUCUGAGAUGUUUGAGGACUAUUUUGACUCGAGUGACGACGAAUGCUAUGAACUGAUGUUCGCCCAGCAAUUAUUGUCUUGUGUACAUACAACGGCAGUUGCGACAGGAGUAAAAUCAAGAGGAUCUCGUCCAGGAAAACGACCAAAUAUGAACAGAUUUGCGGAGGAAGGAGCACUGCGAUUAUACGACUAUUUUGCAGAAGUACCAGUUUAUACAAACGAACAGUUUCAAAGACGCUUCCGUAUGCGGAGAUGUUUGUUUUUGCGUAUUUCGAAAGCAUUGGAGCGGAACGAAUAUUUUAUCCAAAAGCCAGAUGCAACCGGAAAGUUGGGAUUAACAAACCUACAAAAAUGCACGGCAGCAAUCCGACAAUUAGCAUACGGGUCUCCUUCGGAUGCUACAGACGAAUAUGUUCGGAUGGGCGAAUCAACUGCUCGUAAAUGUCUUCGGGAAUUUUGCCGUACUGUAGAUAGCAUCUUUGGUGAAACAUAUCUGCGUUCUCCAACCCAUGAGGAUGUUAGAAGAUUGCUGCGAUUUGGACAGGAACGGGGUUUUCCAGGAAUGCUUGGCUCGCUGGACUGUACCCACUGGAUUUGGAAAAAUUGCCCUACUGCUUGGGCAGCACUUUGCUGAAAGACAGGAAUCUGCCAGAAAGGAUGUAGAACGCACUUUCGGAGUACUGCUUAGUCGAUUUGAAAUUAUUAAAAAUCCCGCAAGACUUUGGAAUAAGGAAGACUUGAAAUUAAUCAUGCGUACUUGCAUCAUUCUUCACAACAUGGUUAUUGAAGAUCAACGAGAUGAUUACACAUCCUUUGACUAUAGUGCAGAUGACAAUACCUCGACCAAUGCUAAUCCUGUAUCACCGUUGGAAGCCGGAGAGUUUGGAUCAUUCCUAGCACGUUUCGAGCAAGUUCAUGAUACCUCACUUCAUAAACAAUUACAGAACGACUUGAUAGAACACCUUUGGAAAUUGAAGGGAGAUGAGAAAUAAUAAAUUAGAUUUGCUUGCUUUAAAUAUAUGGCCAAUAUUAUUAUAAGAAUUAAUACAUUUAUUCAAUGGACUAGAUAUACAUACAUUUUGUUUUCUCAUUGGUUGGCCGCUACAAUGACAGUUUUAACUGCGGGUUUACGAAUCAUUUGCCUUUGUUUAGUGUAAGUCACCUUCGUAAGCUGCUGCCUUCAGAUAUGAACACGGUAGCAGUCCCCAUGCCAGCAAUGCCCUCUGCCAUUUGGAUGACCAUCGUAACCAUCCGCCGAGGACAGCGAUUGGACUGAUGACAUUUCCGAAGUUCCGUUUUUCGGCAUUAUCACUUUGGAAUUUAGCAAGGGUGUAGAAACUAAACUUGCUUGUCCGUUUGUCUGUGAUCAUAUGAAAUUAAGAUUUGAGAUGACACGAAAUUUCGUCUUUCUUUUACAGUCCUGCGGGAUAAAGCAAACUUUACAGUUUAAAUGUUAAGAAUGCCUUCGGUUUCUUUAUAUGGUGAGCAUACUUUCAACGAAAACAAUUUUUACUCUAUCCGGGCAUCGAGCUGCCAGAUAAAACUAGUAUCUAGGAGGUGAGCGGAAACGGCAGUAGGUAGCUGAUAUUUAUGCGCAUUUGAAUACGAAGUCUGAUCAGACUCCCGCAAAGGGUCAUUCAAUAUUUGCUUCCACUUGGAAAGUAUUUUUCGCUCGAGGACUCCAACUCUGAAUAUGUCAUCUUAGACGAUCUAAAUUCUAAUGAUCACACGAAGAUUGUACGGUCGAUGGAAUGCGCUGGUAUGCAAAUCCUGUUAAAGUUGGAGAAAUAAAGUUAUCCAAUAUAGCUGAAUCUCAGAGGGAAAUUCUCCACUCCCUGCAUUGAUGUUUAAACAGGUAUGAUCCGUUUCCGUCUAUGGGUUAGUGCUAGAAACCAAACAUCGAUUAAAUCCAAAAUCCCUUUAUAACGAUACUUUGCCGAAACAAGACAAUAAAAUGCAAUAUAAUGUGUUGCAAACCGUAAUCGCCGUAAGCUUCUCUGCAAGCGCGAAACAUCCAUUUAUUAACCUUCCUGAAAUAACCAGUUUUGAAUGAGAAAAAUACAUAUAACCCAGUACUUGUAUCUUACCUUCCACUUCCCCUACAAUGACCGAUAAGCCAGUCUGUUCGGAGCGCCGGAAUCCGGAAUAAUCACUAGCACCGUCAAUGGAACUGGACUAUAAAAUCUGCCACUACUGAAAGAAAUAAACCCGGAGUGAGCAAGACUGUCCCAAACCAAUAAUUUUACAUACACUUUAAAAAAGCGGUUCCAAGUUGAAAUGUAAUCACACUACUAAAAUUAACAAGAAAACACUUGAAAUCAUUGUGCGUUGCCGAUUAUACUGUAUGAUUAUGCUACAACAUUGGAACAGUUAGUGUCAAGGUUUAGAAAAAUAAAUGAAACUAGUUGUGUGAAAACACUAAUCAAGCGUGUUUUUUCAGUGAUAAUAAUGCACCAAAUAGGGGAGUGUAGGCAUAACUUUUAAUGUUGAAUAUACUUAUCAUAUA